UUUCCCACAUGUUUCUUUAAACACCUAAACAUUUUAUAAUUGUCUUCUAAUAUUUUAGUAUAUUGAUUAAUCGGAGUUUGACGUUAUCACAGUGACAGGAGUAAGUAACCAUGUUAACGUCUAAGGUGUUUGUGAAGAAGACGAAAAAGGGCAGCGUGAUGAAAAUAGUCCGGGAACAUUACCUCCGUGACGACAUCACCUGCGGAUCCCAGACCUGCGAAUCGUGUGAGCACGACGCAGACGACCAGCCCCUGCAGAGAGACCCGUCCAACGAUAGCAGCGCGUGCCCUGGCGCUCAUUAUUUACUACCAGACACUAAUGUCGUCUUACAUCAGAUUGACGUGUUAGAAGAUCCUUCUCUGACAAACGUAGUUAUUCUUCAAACAGUUCUUGAUGAGGUGAAGGCACGAAGUAUCCCGUCCUACAAGAGACUGAAAGACAUCCUUGGAAACUCCAGUAAACAUUUCUAUACGUUCUCCAAUGAAUAUAACCGUGACACGUAUGUGGAGAGGAAUCCCGGUGAGUCGUCUAAUGACAGAAAUGACCGUGCAAUUCGCGAGGCGUGUCGGUGGUACGGGAAACACCUACACGACAACGGUAACACCAUGCAGGUGGUGCUACUCACCAACGACGCUGACAACAGAAAGAAGGCUCGCGAUGAGGGAAUCACAGUGUUCACGAUUGAGGAAUAUGUGAAGAGUUUGAAGAGUAACCCGGGUCUCAUUGACAAGUUAGCCAGAUCUGAUAAAGGAAUGUCAAUAGAGAGUCAUGGAAAGAACCUGUACCCCGAGCACCUAGCCUUGUCGGAACUUCAGCGGGGAAUAAAAUCAGGGAAGUAUUUACAGGGCUCGUUCAUGGCCAGUCGCGAGAACUACUUGGAAGGAAACGUUAGCGUCCAUGACCAGGAAGAUAUGGUAUUUAUUCAAGGGCUGGUUAAUCUGAACCGCGUUGUCCAGGGCGAUAUCGUUGCAAUUCAGAUGUUACCCGAGGAUGAGUGGAAAUGUCCGUCUUCUCUGGUGCUUGACGAUGAAGCCAAUAAAACACUGGAUGAAGAGGAGUUGAACGAGGAUGAAUUGGUCAAAGGUCGGAUUCCAAAGGAACUGCGUCAACCGACUGGAAGAAUUGUGGGUAUUAUUCAGAGGAAGUGGCGUCAGUAUUGUGGAAUUCUGAAACCAUCCAGUCUAAAAGAGAGCAGGAGACAUUUAUUUAUACCAGCAGAAAAGCGCAUCCCAAAGAUUCGAAUAGAGACACGACAAGCUGCAGACUUAGCCGGUCAACGUAUUAUUGUUGCCAUAGACAACUGGUCACGCAACUCCAGAUACCCGCAGGGCCACUUUGUGAAGAAGCUGGGAUCGGUUGGUGAUAAGGACACGGAGAACGAGGUUCUACUACUGGAACACGAUGUUCCGCAUUCAGGUUUCUCCGAGACUGUUCUCAGCUGUCUUCCCAAGAUGCCAUGGGUCAUAACUGAUGAGGAUAUGAAACGUCGUCAGGACUUGCGACACAUCACAGUAUGCAGUGUGGACCCGCCCGGCUGCACGGAUAUUGACGACGCAUUACACUGUCGAGAAUUAGAUAAUGGCAAUCUUGAGGUUGGUGUUCACAUAGCCGACGUGUCUCACUUCAUCCGCCCGGGAACGGCUAUAGACAAGGAGGCUGCGAGUCGCGGGACCACAGUGUACCUCACGGACAUGAGAAUUGACAUGGUGCCAGACUUGCUGAGCUCGAACCUGUGUUCACUGCGGAGUAAUGUGGAUAGGCUUGCCUUCACAGUAAUCUGGGAAAUGACAAAGGAAGCUGAAAUUUUGAAGUCUACAUUUACAAAGAGUGUUAUUUGUUCAAAGGCAUCGCUGACAUACGCAGAGGCCCAGAUGAGGAUCGAUGAUCCCAAGUCGAAUGACGACAUCACUAAAAGUCUGAGGUGGCUUAACAAACUGGCAAAAAUUCUCAAGAAAAAACGAAUUGAUAAUGGAGCUUUAUGUCUGGCAUCUUCUGAAGUUCGUUUCCAUGUGGACAGUGAGACACACGACCCAAUUGACGUACAGACAAAGGAAAUCAGAGACACAAACUCGAUGGUGGAGGAAUUCAUGUUGCUUGCUAAUAUUUCUGUUGCUAAGAAGACGUUGGAGGAAUUUCCCGACUGUGCCUGUCUGAGACGGCAUCCCUCUCCACCCCCUUCGAAUUUCGAACCUCUCCUUAAGGCAGCCAGUUCCAAGGGUUUGCACAUUGACGUGUCGUGUGGGAAGCGCCUGGCAGACAGUCUGGAUGAGGCGGUGUUUGCUGACAACCCAUACUUCAAUACGAUGUUGCGCAUCAUGACGACGCGCUGCAUGAUGCAGGCCGUCUACUUCAGCAGCGGGACCCUGCCCCCCGACGAAUUCAACCACUACGGGCUGGCCGCGCCCAUCUACACACACUUCACAUCGCCCAUCAGGAGAUAUUCUGACAUCAUCGUACAUCGUCUGCUGGCCGUGUGUAUAGGAGCCGACGCAUCGUAUCCUGAUCUCCUUGACAAACAUAAAACACAGUCGGUGUGUAACAACCUUAAUUAUCGACACAAAAUGGCGCAGUAUGCGGGGAGAGCUUCUGUUAACCUUCACACUCAGCUGUUUUUCAAGAAUCGUAUCCAGGAUGAGGAAGGAUACAUACUGUUUGUGAGGAAGAACGCCUUACAGGUGUUGAUCCCCAGAUACGGGCUGGAGGGGACGGUGUUCCUCAACACGGACUCCGGGAAGAAUCUCUUUGUUUACGAUGAUGAGGAAAACACACAGUCAGCAGGAGAUGUCGUUCUGCACGUGUUUGACCGAGUGAUUAUUCAGAUGAGUAUCGACAGGUCAAAUGUUCAGCACAUGAAACUCUCCCUCAAACUCGUUCACCCACAGAUUCCUGGUUUCUCCAUUCCACCAACACCAGAGAAAUGUGACCCAGACGAACCACCAACAAAAAAAGUUAAAAAUUGAUGACUAACACAUUGAUUUUAGGCUGUAGUCACAAGAAACACGCUUAAUUACAAAAACGUGUAACCUUUGAGAAAGCCUGACCCAUUGAAUUCUGCUUGAAUGAAAAGGAAAAUCACAAUGCAUGCUAAUUUAAUGUGCAAUGAAAUAACAUGUUAAGAGAUAAUCAGACCUACACGACCGAUUCAUAUGGAACUGAAUGUGCUGGUCUUCCAUCUCUUCAGCAUCCUUCAAGACAUGUUUUAAUUGUAAUUGUUAUAUUGAUGUGAUUUUUAAUUUACUGUUGUUUGACAUCCCAACAGAUGGGUUAUCGUUUGUGCUGGGAUUCUGUUAAACAUUUGUUCAUUCCUUGAAGUCAUUUACAUAUCAUGCUUACAAUAUAAAUCUUGUACAGUAAA